GAGCUGUUCGAACGCAUAAACGUUUUGUUUUAAAAAACGCUUCAAACUUAAGUAACACACCAUCCAAUCAGAAUUUUAAACAUAAAAAAAUACCUUCAAAGUGAGUGGUGGCCUAAUUGUAGGUCGAACAUUUAAUUUUUGUAGUGUCUUAAAAUCGGAUAAUGAGGAUAGAAGCCAAAGCCUCGUAACGCAAUUUUCAAAUGGAGCAGUGCUUAAUAGUGGAUUUUUCUCAAUAAGAACGGAAUACCGGAACUAAUUCAAAGGACCCACGAUUCAAUUAAAUGACAAGUGUAGCUCCCCUUACACCUCGUGAAAAGACAAAAACCAACCGGGAAGUUAGCCUACAAUCGACAAGCUACCAAUGUGCCGAGGAGAAGCCCAUUUAAGGUGCUCAUAUCCCAAAAGAGAUUGUGGGAACACAUCGUUGAAGAGACAAUAAACAGCCCGCAAAGAAAUACUCCAAACUGAAGCGUCAACGUCGUCACAGUCACCUUGCAUCUCUCAAAGAAGAGGAAGAAGUGGACCCACGGCAUCAAGAAGGAACUCAGGACAAAGAGUAUCUGAAAAUAACACGAACGAAAUACCAACAGAAUGGAUGAGGAACACGACGACGAAAGAAUAUGAAAUUAAAUGGGGCUUUAAAGCCCCGCCACGGAGCCUCCAUUCAAGGAAGCUCCCCUGGUGCUGGACAAUUGCGAAAAAAUGGCGAUAAACGAUAUCCCCAAGAUACGUGUACUUAUGCCCUCAAUGGUUGUUUGCCACCGUGCCAGUUUGAGCGUCCGCAACAGCGAGACCAGCACCUCAGUGCAUGCCAAGUGAGCAGCAACACAUGCAUCACUACUGACAACAGCAGCAACAGCGAUAACUACAUUUGGUACGCACAUCCACAAUUAAGAGAACAUCAAGUCGAGCAACACUGUGGACGGCAGGAACACCAAACGUUUCCACAGCUAGAAAGGGACGAGACUACUCACAACAAUUGCCAAGGUGCAUGGCCUUCAAAAAGCGAAGAGGAGGGCAUUCUGUUCAUGGAUAUUACCAACACCAACACAAGCCAGAAGUGGAUCAAAUCAGUACGAACAAGCAUCGAUAGUAUCAGCCACGGGAGUGGUCAGCUCACGACUGCGUCAGCCAAGGCAGUAAGCGAAGAACCCAUGAGAGGAAAGGAAAGCUACAGCAAAUAUACCGCCAAUACACUGAAACAACAGCAACAACUUUACAUCACAACACGUCAGAAAACAAAGACCAAUAACAACAAAAAACCAAGAGGUCUCGGAGCACAGCUACCACCCCGAGGAAGCAACUUAGAUCCUCCCAGAAGUGCGAAUCGAAACACAAACGCCACCAAUACCCAUAGAAGGCCUCGUUCGCGUGGCUGGAAGGAGGUCAACAACAAGUUGUUGCUGGUGACGACAAUUUAUGAAGUGAACUUCUGGUGUGCACUGCCGUCUCUGUCAGCCCCAAUUUUCCGAUUAUUUAAAUCUUUCUGGUCGUUUAUUUUCUCCUUGACAUCUGUUAUGAUUUCUAUCGGAAGUGAGGUUGAAGGAGGUGGCAGUGGUGGCAGCAGCCCAAGGGACACGGACUGUAGUUUCAGUCGUGGCAAAAACGGAGAGCGCAGCUGCCUGCUUGUCGCCCAAUACAAUUGCUUAGCGAACAUCAUGCGUGCCUCACAAUCAUUUGUGGCCUCAUUGGAUCGCAUUUGUUUUAAAAAUGCGUCUAACUCAAGCUCAACGCCAGCCACCAGAAGUAACACCAACACACCAGCUGUCACCACCGCCACCAGCACCAGCUCUAUUGCCGUAUGUCUACUGGUUUAUGGUGCAGUGGCAACGAUGUUGCAUCCGCAGCCGGUGUUGGCAGAUGAGGGCGAUAAUUUCUUUUCGCCCAACGGCAUAGUCAUUGGGGAAACAACCACAGAAUUUGAUUAUGCUAGUCGCGGCCAAAAGAAAUUUGGCGACAAAUGUGAUAACACUCUGGAAUGCGGUUUCCCUGGUUCUAUCUGUGAUACCAAAAAGAAGUCAUGCCAAUGUACAGAGGAUUUGCCCGUGACCAAUCACAUUGACAAAUGUGGCAAAGAGGCAGCUGUAAAUGAAUCGUGCUUUUUCAAUGAGCAAUGUGAAGCCAAAUAUUUUCAAACCGAGUGUCGUGAUGGACGAUGUGUGUGCCGAUUUGAUAUGAAUCCCAUAUGGCUAAAAGAUGGUUCAGUUGAGUGCAAAGGACGCCAGGAUAAGAAGGGGCCUGAAACCUACAUCGAUCCAGCUAUGAUUGGAGUAUUGAUUGGCAUGGCGCUGAUGUUCAUUAUAAUAUGUGUGGUCUUAAGAUUAUUCAGCCAGGCUCGUUGGCGUGAAAAUCGAACAAUUUUUAAUACACCAAAUCCGCGCCUAAUGAACGUCUCCCUGUUGCGUGAGAGUAAGCUGUUACAUGGCCAGGAGCGACGAGGUUCGCGCAUGUCUGUGAGGGCGCCUUCGCGACAACCCAGCAUGGCAUCGUUGCGCCCGCACUCGCCCAAUCCAUCGCUAGGUAAGACAGGUUCACGUUCUAAUUCUCAUGGCAGCAAUGCCUCGGCCACUUCGUUGAGAUCUACUCGCAGCAAUUCAGUAUCGCCGGCCGUUAACAACUCAGCCCAUCACGAGAGGAAGGGAUCCACCUACCAUCCACAUCAUCUUCAGCAGCAUCCACCACAACAACAACAUCAUACGCAACAUCUUCCGCUGCCUGAGGCAAUGGUCCAACAACAACAGCCCAAUAUCAUCGCAAACCCAGUGGCCGAAAGUGUGGCCGUGGACAUCAUUGAGCCUGAAAAAUAAGUGCAUCGCUUGGCUGUAAAAGCCAGUCCAUAACAUUAAGCUUCAGUAGAUCUCGUUCGUCCGUGUACGGGUCUACGCAGCGUUCUUUAACAAAUCAAAACAGAAAAAUAAAACCAAACCAAACACAACAAUGGAAUAUGCUUUAAACUUAGAGAAUAAUUAAUGAAACGAAUCCUUUAUUUCUAUUUUUUUGGAAUAUUAAAAAAACCCACAACAAUUUAACAAAUAACAAAUGCACUUUUUUAGAUAAAAACCAAGAAGCUGAAAGAGGAAAAUCGAUCAAAUUAGCCAUUACAGCAAAUGAAAUGACGGACUCGCUCCAGAGAGUCCCAACCUUAUCUAAAACACGUAUAGGACUUAAACAAAUACAAAUUUAAAAAAAAUUUUAAAUUUUAAUUCAAGCAUCUUUUUAGAACAAUACAAAAAGACAUUUUAAAAAACAACAACAACAACCACAAAAACAAAUUAUUGCCUUUAAUACACCAAACCAAAAAGAACUUUGACAACGCUGAUUUAUUAUUACAAUCAAACAAAAAAAGUCUAUAAAAAACCUUGCAUAACAAAUUCAUUAUAACGAAAACAAAAACAAAAAAAAAAAACAAAAGAAAACAUUAAACGCUACAUAACUUCGGUUUAUUCAAAUAUUAUUAAGCAGUGAUUUAAUCGGAGACACUCCUCCUCACAUGUAUUCGAAAUUCCCUACAGUCUUGAUCAUUCCUUUUUUCUCUUUUUCUAAAGUUAAACCAAAAACAAACAAAAAAACAGAAUAGCUCUAGGACUAGAUUUACACCCCAGUUAGAAGCUUAAAACAUUGAAGAGGAAAUCCGGAAAUGGGAGAUGCAGCAAAAGAGAAUCAUAGGCCUUCAUAGGCUCUCACUUCUGGGUAGGCGUUACAUUAGCAUAACUUUUUACAAUGACAAACCUAGUUACAUAGACUUAUAGCAAAUAGUAGUGCAGCUGCAAAAUGAAAUAUUUCAAGUCAUCUUGUCACACUACAUGGAAAACCCAUGGAUAUUCUAAAUUAACAUCCGCACCACCACUAUCCCCAUUGUAGCCAUAUCCACAUUAGCUGUUCGCUCCACAAAUAUUGCCUCAUCAUAGGCACUACGAAGGUCUUAGUAGAAUUUAGAAGAACAAAAACAUAAAACCAUGAACUUCGGGACCAUAUUUUCGAAUCAAAAUAUGCGUUUCAAACGAUUUUGUUUUUAGUUUUCAGUUUCACAAUUUUCGUUUGUCGUGAACAACCAUACAUCUUAAGGAACUCAAUCAUUAUUUGAUACAUUGUUAUAUUAAUAAAUCAAAACAAAAUAUAUAUACAUAUAAUGAAAAAAAGAAAAAAAACGCCCAAAAGCUCUCUAAACACUUUCAAAGGUAACAAAAAAUAUUUACAUUCAACUCUCUAUACAUGAACUCUAUACAUUAUUAUAUACUUCUUAUAUAUAUAUAUAUAUAUAUACUUAUAUACAUACAAACAUAUAUAUAUAUACAUUCUUAUAAUAGUUAUAUAAAAAGAAUUAAAACAAAAAGUAUAUAUAUAUGAAAAACUAUUUUUUAAUUAGCAAUUUUAAAGGGAAAAAAUGCAUAAGCGAACUCUCUCAAUAACAGCAUGAAACCAAUUUAUUUUAUUACUCAACGCAAACACACACAUACACAAGAUUGAAACCAACAUGACAUUAGGGAAAAUCAAAAUCAAUCGGAAAACAAAGACAUUUCAUGGAAGAUAAAAGCGUUGUGUAAGCGCACUGCUAACUAUGCCAGCAGUAUGCUAAAUACCUUGAAUUAACACUCGUACAUACAUACAUAAAUACAAAGCCAUGCCACAAACACACAUUUUCCACAUUUCAAUUAAUACACAUACGAGUAUGGGACGAGAGAAAUAAAUUAAACCACGAAUUCCGUCAUGAUAUUUCCAAAUAAUUCCUAUAUAGAUUGUUUGAAUUACAAAAAAAAGUGUGGAUGAGUGCCGAGAGUCGAUAUUAGCGCAAAUGUCACCGACCCACUCUCCUUCUCUCUUUUCCACGAUUCGAAUGAAGCUAUAAACGCUAAAACUUUAGCAAAUUUUUGAAAACAAUCCUGCGUUGAAAACCGAUUUUAAAAAUCCAAAAACAUGUAAUUAAGUAAAAAAUUUCUUGAAUACAACUCUCAAAUGCCUCGAGUUAGAAUCUGGCAGCUUUGUUGUUGUUUUUUUUUUUUUUUUUUUUUUUUUGUGGAAAAACACACGGAAGAACCAACAGACACUUAGCAGAAGAAAAAGAAAGAACUUCUUUCCUUCUUAUUGCUAGGUGCUGAUUAUAGAAUGCGAUUGUUCAAAUCGUAUUUUCAAGCCCAUGUUUCGUAUUUAUGCAAUUCGAAUAUGUAACGAAACUUUCGGCCAUACAAGCAUUAUAUAACAUAUCAACAGAAUUGGAUUUUAAUGUCAAAUUGUGCCAAUCUGAAAUGGAAUUGAAAGCAUUUAGUUGCAUUCAAGAACAGGCUGACGUUGGUACCAGCCUUCAGCCAUACGUACUAAACAAUUGCGAAAUUUCAACUUGAAUUCAUCAAGUUAUGGGCGUAAAAAGUUACCAGGCAAUACCGCAAACAUUAUGGUAGACAAACUUAUUUUUGGGUGUUUUUGUUUUUACGCCCCCUUGAAACAACUCGAUAUUAUCUCGAGUUCACACUAAUCGUUUGUCUAAAUUUCAUAGUUUUUCAUCAUAAGGGCUAUGAAUGAAAUCUAUGGAGCUAUUUACCCCAAGCUAAAAUGUUGGCAAUUUGUUUGCAUAAACCCUAACGGCGAUAUGGAGAGUGAAGCCAAUAACAUACCAUUUGAUCCACAAUCGAUACAACUAAGUAUAUCGAAGAGGAUCUGAAUGACAUGGAAUAACAAUAAACAAUAUACAUAUAAAUACAAACAUAAAUUUCUUGUUUAACAAUAAUGACUUAUCAUGACAAACAGAUCACAAUCAGUAAAAAAUGUUGUAGCGAUUUAUUCCGACAACUUAGUAUAGUUUUCUUACGAAUAUGUACUCAAAUGGCGCACAACGGUUGUGAGUUCUAAAGAGUUGACCAAUUGUAUUAACAACGGGGAAGAUAUAUAUUGGUCAACAUCUGAGAAUUUCCAAACGCAUUUACAACACACAAGCAAGCAUUUGUACAAAGCAACUACUCGCUACUGGCAUCAAUAUCACUACCCCAACCCCACCACCUCCAUUCAAUGCCUAACCCACAGGACGUAGUGUUCACCAUCUUCAGAUGUUCUUAGAAAAGAAUUCACAAAUAGGAUCGUAAGGGGCAAUUUUAGCCAUUAGGACACCGAUUCUGUCCUAAGUCGGAGGUCAUCUACCGCACCUUUCACCUCCGUUACCCGAUAUUUUUUACAAGCAACCAAAGCAGACGUUAUUCUCUAUGCCCAAUUUUUAGUCUCCGAAACUGCAAUAUUUCUCCGUUGUUUACAAUGUGAUCAAUGUUCUAAGUAUCUUUUGGGCAAUCGAAUGGAACAUUAUCGAAUAGAGAACUAUCAUUAGUUUAAAAUUCGUUUACAAACAAUAAUGUCAUCCAGCGUUGUCAACAUUAAACCAUUUAAUUAUUUUUGGCUGUUUUAACUCACAUACAAACAUACAGGCAUACGAAUUGAAGUUUGGUUGUUUCCGUUUAUCGCAUCGUUCGCUCGAUGGAAUAAAGGCAUCACUUUUGCUUCCUGGAAUAGUGAGAGUCUGUUUUUAGUCGCUCUCUUUCUCAAGCCAGACAAAGAUCAUUUUUUACCUUCGCUCUAUCCAGGAUAAAUGACCAGUGUUCACAAUUUAACUUAUCCAUGGUUGCAGAGAGCCUUCAUGCUACUGAAAGCCUGCAGCGUUAAUGUUUCCAUCGAAUUAAAAGCCAACCCCUGUUUGGGUUUCUUUAGUUCCUGUCGCUGUUGUAAAUGGUGCUCGUAACAGACAGACAUAGAAUUAAACCAAAAGCUCAAAUGAAAAGCCUAACUGUGACAUAGUUUUGAAUAACAAGGAAAAAGCAUCAACAGAAGAUAGCCAUUGAAAGAAUUUGGCAAAACAACUCUUCUUCUUUCCAAAUUUGAAUAAUCAACCAAAUUCCAACUGUGACAGAUCACGUGUGCGUCUAUAGCUUCGGAAAAUAUUAGUGCGUACUUGAAUUAUACAUAGGAAAUCCCCAUGGGAUAACAAACAAGUACAAUAAAGUACGAUGCAAUAAUCGAUAUAUUUACUCUUAAAUUCUAUGGAUAUUUUAGAAAUCCUCUCCCAUGAUAACAACAACAACAACAACAACAUACCUUGUGAUUUAGUUAACUUUCAACGAAUUUUUAGGAAAUGCUUUGCUAUAUAAAUUUUUAUGAAAACGAAAUUGGUUUUGAAGUUUGGGGAAGAAUUUCAAAACUAUUUCGUUUUCGAUAUAAAGAAAGUCAAAAGACAAAACAAACAUUAAUAUAAAAGCCUAUAAAACUAAUAAAUUUUAUAUGCAUAAAAACAUUAUAUUGACAUCUAUGAAUAUAACAACUUAGCUUAACACAAUUAAAAGGAAGAAUAACAACAACUAUAAAACAUUUAUGAAUAGUCUUAAAUAUAUUACUACAUACAUACUUACAAACAAAGCAAACAAUAUACCUAAUAAAAAUAAAAAAUUAGCUUGUAGUAUCCUUUCAAUUUAAAGUAAUAAUAAAUAUAAUAACAAGCAAAGAAAAAACAACGUCAUACACAAAAUUAAGAAUUUGUCAAGCUCACCUACCUUAUUUUGGCUUAACCAAACUGCGUUAACCACUGGCAAGAGAACACCGAGGCAACAAAGCAAUUCCAUACGGUGUUCGUUUACAAACAUUUCCCACACAUCUCUGUUUGUUUCUCCUUAAAUGUUCCCUUUUUCAUUGCAAACCCAACACCAAAUCAUUGUCUUCUAAUAAAUUUUCUAACGAAAUCUCCAAAAUAAAAUUUAUAUUUUAAAUUGAACAUUAAUCACUACAAUACAGCAUCCACAAUUAUAGAAACGUUACUAGCAGAAGGCGGCCUUGUUCCGUUGCAUGGGUUAGUUAUACACUUUUUAAUUUGUAUCUUGUUUCUUAUCGUUUACAAAAAGCGAAAUAUAAUUAACAAACACACAAAAACAACAAAUACUUAUGGCAAACUAGCAAAUUUAUAUACUUACAAAAAUAUGAACAAUAUAUAAAUUAAUGAUAAUAAAAAAAUAAAAAAAAAAAACCCCAAAAGCAAACCGUUCGUGAAAAUAUAAAAUGAUGCCAUUUAUAUUAAGUGAAACCGACAGAAACAGCAAACUAAUCUAAAUUAAGAACUCAUUUUAUUAUAAUAAACUACUAUACCAUACCUUACUUACAACAAAACCAAA